AGUCUGCUUCCUUAUAUCUCCACUACAGACAGUCACUUGGAGAGAAUUUUAUCUAAAGGAGCAGAGAGUUAGGUUCCAUCAAUGGACGACAGAACGGUGCCCCAUGCUUACCCCAUGAGCGAUGAAUAUGAAUUUGCCAACCCAACCAAGCUUUAUGAUCAGAGCUUUGGGGAAGGUAUUGCCCCAGAGGACCUUCUAUGUCCCACUUUAUACCAUGGGUAUUAUGUCCGGCCUAGAGCCAAAAAACAGCCAGAGAGAGGCUAUUCUGAAAUCAACCAAAAUGACCACAAGUUUCAAGUGUUCCUAGACGUCUGUCACUUUCUUCCAGAUGAGCUCAGCAUUCGUACAAUAGACAAUCUGCUGGAGGUCACUGGCCAACACCCUCAGAAGAUAGAUGGUCAUGGUUUUAUCAGCAGGUCGUUUAACAGGACAUAUAUUCUACCCCUAGAUGUUGAUGCCCUUCUGGUGAAGGCCAAGCUGUCUCAUGACGGAGUCCUAAGUAUUAAGGCUCCCAGGAAAGGGAUAGAGAUGAAAAGGGAAGUUAACAAGGUGAAGAUAGAGGUCCAGAGCUCAUCGGUAGACAAAGAGAAAAGCUCUGCUGAAGGUAUCAUGGAAACUCAUGAGAAAACAUCUGACCACUGAGCCACUGAGCCACUGGCCUCCUCACUUGCAGAAGCGCCAUAAAGAAUAUGGUCGUUAGCUCCUCUAAACUGAGCAUAAAAUCUGUCUAUACAUUAUAUAACCCUAAUAAAAGUCUUUAUUACAUGUA